AUUACACCAAAGUGAUUGAAAUUUUUAAUGUAUUUGGUUAAUAGAACUUACAAUGUAGUGUUUAGUUAUGUGAAAAUGAACUGAUUUUCUUUCUCAAGGAAACAGCACCCAGAGAAAAUUUCAGAAAAUCCAAGAAUGAAGGAUGACAGCUCUGACUAGGGAAUUUGGUGUUUUACUAUUAUUUACAAAAAAUGCAAAUUGUAACUGGUUGUUUAAAUUUUUUUAUUAUGAACAUAUUUUAAAUAUAAUUUCUUUCCAAAAAUGUUUUUAAAGGGUAAAAAAAGCAAAAAUGAAAACAGUUUUUUGUUGUCGAUGAAAAUGGUUGGCAAUGGUGCAUAAGAACUACUAAACAUAGCGGACCAAAAACCCCCAAGAAUGAGGUUAUAAAAUUUCAACAAAAAAAAUGUUUUUACUAUCUAAAAAUAGCUCUACCACCAAAUGAUGAGUUUUAUUAUUAACGUAAUAAAGGAUUUAUUGCAUAGAAUGUUACAAUUUUUGUCGUUUAGUAAAAAAACGUUGAGUAACACACUGAGUAUUUACAUAAAAACCAACACCGGGAAUACACUUUCAGUGGAUUUGGACCCCACUUGGGACAUAAAAGACGUGAAAGAGUUGGUUGCGCCCCAAUUGGGGCUGCAGCCCGGUGAGGUUAAAAUUAUUUUCGCUGGAAAGGAACUAGGAGACAACAUCAGCAUUGCCGAGUGUGAUUUGGGGCAACAAAGCACCCUCCACGCCAUCAAAAUCACCAAAAAGUCCCACCCCCCAAGUUUAGACACUUCCGUAAUUGAGGAAAGCGACGAGGGAAAACCCCUAUGUGAGACUUUGUCCGACUUGAGUUUCUCAAAUGAUUCGGAGGAGGCCCCCAGUGAGCAACACAAAGUCCACUUUUUCGUCUAUUGCCCCACGUGUAAAAGCCUCAAGAAGGGCAAAUUACGCGUCCGGUGUCACUUCUGCAAAUCGGGGGCUUUCACAGUGCACUCCGAUCCCCAAAACUGGAACGACGUGUUGCAACCACGGCAGAUAACCGGUCUUUGCGAGAAUAACCCCGAAGUGUGCGCCCAUAUUUUGAACAACCAAGAACCGACUUUCGCCGAAUUUUAUUUCAAAUGUUCGGAACACACGUCUCUCGGGGAGGCCGACGAGGCAGUGCCCCUCUACCUUAUUCGGCCGAAUUUAAAAGAAGUGCCUUGUCUAGCGUGCGCUGACACCAACGAAAUUGUGUUUGUCUUUCCUUGCAAAGAGGGGCACGUGACUUGUCUCGACUGCUUCCGGCAGUAUUGCACGACGCGACUGCGGGAACGCCAAUUCUGGCAACACCCCGAAUUUGGGUACACGCUAGCGUGUCCCGCGGGAUGCCCCGACUCCUUCAUCCAGGAAAUCCACCACUUUCGCCUCCUCUCGGAGAGUCAAUACACACAAUAUCAGCGUUUCGCGACUGAAGAGUACGUCUUGCGGUCCGGCGGGGUGCUCUGCCCCCAGCCGGGCUGCGGCAUGGGUAUUUUAGCCGAGCCAGAGUGCACCAAAAUCACGUGUAUCAACGGCUGUGGGUACGUUUUCUGCCGGUUGUGCCUCCAGGGGUACCACAUCGGGGAGUGCGAAGCACCCGAGGGAGACAGUGGGAGUCCUGGCGACUGCUCAUACAACGUCGACCCCACUAGGGCUGCCGAAGCCCGAUGGGAUGAAGCUUCCAAAGUCGCGAUUAAAGUCUUGACGAAACCUUGUCCCAAGUGUCGCACCCCCACCGAACGGGAUGGGGGCUGCAUGCACAUGAUUUGUACAAGAGCCGGCUGUGAGUACCACUGGUGUUGGGUGUGCCAAACCGCGUGGACUAGGGAAUGCAUGGGGAGUCACUGGUUUGGGUAAUUUACUGAAAAAUCAAGUUGUAAACAAUUGUUAAAAAUAUAAUUGCUAUGGAGAUGA